AUGUCAAAGCACACGGCGCUGGGGCUGGCGGGCGCCACAGCCUUCGGCGGCGCCUGCUUUCUCUUCUACGUCUUCUCCAAGAAGCCUCCGCCGCAGUCCAGCUUUCCGUCCGAGCAAGAAAGGAAGGCGAUUUUCGACAAGAAUGCCGUGACGUGGGACGGCGGGAUUGGCCUGGACGAAGCUCUUCUCGGAAUUCGCUCGCUGAGGAAGCAGCUCGUGACGCGCGCCCAAGGAGACGUCUUGGAGGUUGCUGCAGGCACCGGCCGAAAUUUCCGGUUCUACGACCCGGCGAAAGUGAAGAGCCUCGUGGUCACGGACUUCAGUCGCCUCAUGCUCCGCAAGGCCCUGGAGAAGAAAGAAGCCCUCAGGGGAAUUCCUGCCGAAUUCAAAUUGCAGAAUUCGGCGAAGAUGAAGUUCCCUGACGAAAGCUUCGACGCCGUCGUCGACACUUUCGGUGUCUGCUCGUAUGAGAAGCCUGUCGAGACUCUGCAGGAGCUCAAGCGCGUGAUCAAACCAGGCGGCGCUCUGCUCCUCUUGGAACAUGGAGAGUCUUCUUGGAUUUAUUUCCAAAAAAAACUCGAGAGGUCCCUGCUGCGCCAUGUGUGGAAAUUCGGCUGCUACCACAACCGCCCCAUUCGCCAACUCGUCAACGACGCCGGUUUCGACGUCGUUUUUGAAAAGCGCCGCGUUUUCGGCACAAUUUAUCUGAUCGUCGCGAGGAAGCCUGCCAAGGAACAUGUCAGACAGUUGCUCGACCGCAAAGAAGAAGAGUAGCUGGAAGAGAAGCGAACGGCAAAGGCAUCUCUUAGAUUCAAAACGCAGCUGCCAAAUGCGAAGAGAGAAGAAGAGACUUGCCAGAUCGUGGAAGGACGCGGCGGAUGAAAAAAAUCGACAGGGACGUCCAACCGCAAGUUCCCUUCUUAUAAGCAAUCUUCCUCACCGCUCCAGGUCGAAGGGUCACACGAUCACGUUUCUCCUACACUAUAUAUAUAUAUAUAUAUAUAUAUAUAUUAUAUAUAUAUAUACAUAUAUAUAUAUAUA